AUGGCUACGAUGAAUGCCUUCGCAGGAGACGCUUCUUCGCAAAACGCCUCCCAAUCGAACGGAGGCGCGUCAUUUGCCUCGGGACCAUGUUCCGUUUUAAUCCGACGUUUACCAUUAAAUACCACUGAAGAUGCACUACGAUCGAUGGUAGUUUGGUCCAAGGAGUUUACUGAAGCUGAAGUAUUAUCUCAAGAGAAAUCUGAAGAUCCAGGAUUCCGAUCUGCUAUUCUCCACUUCAAGUCUCAUGCGGGCGCACUCGAGGCCAAAAACAUGCUUGAUGGAAAACCAAAUAUUGCAAACGAUGCGAAAAUGGUGGUGGAGAUAUUUUAUGGAAGUCCCACUACCUCUCGUCGAUAUACUGUCGAUAUCAACUCAAACCCGGUGCCAUCUAGCUCCACUUCAUCUACAGCUUCUUCGGCGGGUCCGGCCCCUCGACAAUCGUCCAGAUUUAACGGCUCCUUCACAUCUGCACAAAGAGUUUCACCCACAAACAACAAUGGAAACUAUGUCAAUAAUGAAUUGCCCAAUCCCGAGUCGAGUACUCGGUAUCAAAGUUUGUUCUCUCCACAAUCUCCAAUUGGAAACCAUCUCAAUGACCGCACGCGCAUUUCGGGAAAAUCUUUGAUUAAUAACGAUUCUGUCGAAGAUGAUGAGACUGGAGAACUCCUCAAAGAUCCUGUAGCUUAUGCAGAAAAUGGUGCCGCAUCCAUCCAAGCUCGACGCCCAACCAAUCCUCAGAUCCCUAUCACCGCACGUAUGGCAAGCUUAUCUCUGACGACGAAUAAUGCUGCAGGCCCGGGCUCUAUGUCUUCUUACACCCCGCAGCAGGCUAUGCCAUCUAUGACACAUGCGAACACCAUGUCACCAGUGUCCAUGGGUAACGGUGGCCCGCCUCUCUUCAUGAAUUAUACGGCCAUCCUCUACACAACAGUAUCAAAGGUGGCAUUCGCUUGA